ACAUCACGGUGAGUAAGAAUCUGGCCGCCGUGUACACGUAUUCGUCGUCAAAGGGUCUGUUUGCGGGUGCGUCACUGGAGGGCACCAAAAUGAUUACUCGCGACAAAGCCAAUCAGAAGUACUACGGCGACAGCAAGGACACACUAGAGAUUCUGAUGAAACAAGAACCACCACACAGCGACUUCCGAUCACUCUACGCCAUACUCAACAAAAUGAAAGAGUCUGGUAGCAAGAAGAACCACACGCAAGACACAGACAACAAAGC